CUUUCUCUCUCUUUCAUAUACACGUUCGUAACCAUAUUGAAAUGGCAUACUUGGGUAUGAAAGUACUCUUCAGUAAUAGAUAUUCCAUAUUUGUCAAAUUUUUUCUUUUUCUGUAAUCGAGCUUAGUUCUUAGCGAUUUUUAAACAUGGCUUACUUGUAUCAACCUGAUUACGUUCGUUAUAUGUGUAAUUGUGGUUCUCUAAAACCUAUUUCAAAAAUAUAUUUUUGUCGGCACUGUUUAAAAAUUCGAUGUGGUUACUGUGUCUGUCAAGAGGUUGAUUUAUAUUAUUGUCCAAAUUGUAUGGAAAAUUUACCCUCAUCAGAAGUUCGUCUUAAGAAGAACAAAUGCUCAAACUGCUUUAAUUGUCCUAAUUGUUUUCAAAUGUUGUCUACGAGAGCAGGACAUGUCCCAUUAAGACCAACAACAAAGGAAGGAGAAGAUUCAAAAGAUGUUAAAGUUUUACCUAAAAAAGUUUAUUAUUUAUCUUGUUCUUUUUGUCGAUGGAGUUCCAGAGAUGUUGGUAUUCCAGAUCAAUUUAUGGCCACAGGAAGAUGGUCUGAACAAGAAAAUCCUCAUACAAGAAGAAUUAAUGCCUUAAUAGACUACCAUAAAAUAUUGACUUCUAUAGAGAAGCGACAACGAGAAAGAAAAAAAUUUCAACCUAAACGUUCAUUUAUACAAUAUGAAUCAUUUGGACUAACAUCUGCAAUGAUACAUAAACAUAUUGUUCAGUCAAGAAAACCUCAGAUUCAAUUGCAAUUGUCUGAUCAACCAACUCCUUCUAUAGCUUCAGAAGAUGUGGAAGAACUAUCAUCAGAAAUAUUUACUGAGCCUAUAGAUAUUAUAAAAAUUAGUACUUUAGAGCAACGUUUACAUCACCCUGAUGUACAAGCAGAGAAUGUAAGUGAAUUACGUCCACAACGUAGGCAACUUUUAGUUAAGAGAUCACAACGUUGCAGAGUUUGUGAGCAUAAUCUUAGCAAACCUGAUAUAUGCCCACAGUCUACAAAAUUCAAAAUUCAAUUAGCUGCAUUUUAUCAUAUACCUGAAGUAAAGAUUGUUACUUGUGAACCAUUAUAUCCUGGUAAACCCAGUGAAUUAUUUUUAAAGUUCUGCAAUCCUACACGACAUCCAACACAAAUAACUUUAUUUCCAUUGGACGUGUCAAUGGCACCUAUUCCUGUUACUGAUGUUACAGAGAAAGGAGAAAUUAAGAAAGAUGAUGUGCAAAUGAUAAGUGAAGCUCUGAAUUCACUGCCUUCUGUUGUACGCCAAGCACCUGUUGUAGAAGAAGUUAAAACAAUAAAAGUUGUUCCAAAUGCAGAUUUAGUAUUGCCUCAUAGUUCUUUAAUUUUGCCGGCUAGAGAUGAUGCUGCAGAAUAUGAUGACACAGUUGAUACUCAUAAUUUUCAAGAUGAUCCAAAGCUUGUAGUCUGGAGAAAAGGAAACAAAGCAAUAGUGAGACUUAAUGUUACACCAUUUGAAAAUGAUGAGGUAAAAGAAGUUACAGUAGGAUUUGUAAUGCAACAUGGAUAUGUAAAUACAAUUACUGCUUUAGAACAUAAAGCACCACAGAAAUUGGAUUUGAAAGUUAAAUUAUAUUUGACUCUUGGGAAACUUUGUAGUCCUACAUAGUAAUCUAAAGAUUAUUUACUUAAAGCUGAUUUAAAUAAAAGAAAAGUGAAUGAAAAUUGUAACUUUUUAACACUGAAAAUGCACAGAAAUAUAUCUAAAUCAUUGUAUUGUAAUCAAUACUUAUAUAUAUUAAUUUAAUUAUUUGCUAAAGAAUGCUUGUAAUUAAUUAUUGAUAUAAAUUAUUUAUUUUUUAUGUACUGAAAUAGUAACUCUUAUGUUAAAGUAAUAAAUAAAAAUAAUAAUGAGACAGUUAAUUUUAUUUUAUUUAUAUUUUAUUAUAAGAGCUAGUUAAUUAUUGGCAUUGUAAACUUAUAUUAGAAGAAUUGAAUAAUCUUUAUCAUGUUAUAAUAUUAAUGAUAAUGAGAUAUCGUUUGUUCUUUUUAUGUGUUUAUUGAAAAGAAUUUAAUCAUGUAUACAUCUAAAAUCAUUUACAAUCUGCGACCACGACGACCUCCCUUUCUACGUGUCGAAUCUGAUGGAAUAGGAGUUACAUCCUCGAUACGACCAAUUUUCAUACUAGAACGUGCGAGAGCACGUAAUGCAGACUGUGCACCAGGUCCAGGUGUUUUUGUUUUAUUUCCACCUGUCGCUCUUAAUUUAAUAUGCAAUGCUGUAAUACCAAGGGAUUUGCAUUUUUCUGCAACAUCCUGAGGAAAAAAUAUUAUUUUUAUUUUAGCAUUUAGAUAAUGUGAUCACAUAACAAUAAAUAUUACAAAUCUGUUUUGUAUCAUUCUAAUAAUAAAAAUAUGUAUCUAUUAUAUAA